AUGAAGGCCACACCAGGAGCUUCUGCAACAAGUGGAAAAAGAUCAACGCUCUACAAGGCUUACAGGGGUCGAGACCCGCUCGGACCGUCCGACCGUGACUUCGACCGCAUAGCUAGACACAUAACCCGCUUUGACCCCCGGCCCGGCAUGCCUUCAAACACCCGGUCAUACCUCCGCGUCGUCGACUUCCAUGCCGACCGCAUACCACACGCAUCUCAAGAUGACAAAAUAUUCUUGAUUAGACUCACGUCCAAUGGAGAGGUGAAUGACUUCAUCGAAAGGCAACCAAAGGCUAUAAAACAAGACUACAGUGAGCUCUGCAAAGCCAUCCUAGCAGAAUACUCAGACUACGGCGCCUCCGGGACCCUCACGGCGGCCAUGGCAGUCAAACAAGCUCACAGCGAGCUUGCAGAAUGCUACUACCACAGAUUGAGACAGGCCUUCUUCGGUAACCGAAACUACGAAGGGAUGGAGGAAGACACAAAUUUCAGGGCCCUGUACCUCCAAAACCUCCACCCCAACCUUAGCCAACUACUGGGCGUGUACGCCUGCCCCCUUACACAGGACAUACGGCAACUGAAGACCCUAGUGGCAAGGGCACAAAGCAAACAUUUGCUCAAGACACAGGCAAAGCCGCAAACCCAACCUACAGUGUACAGUGUGGAAAACCACAUGGAACUUGAGGGCGCACCAACGGCCCAAAAACACAAAUGGGAAACUGACCGCGGACCCCAAAGGAAUAACCAGAGACACGCGGACCCGAAGAACGGACAGCCACGCGACCAGAAACUCCCGCAAUAUGGCGAGAGACGCGCCGGCCAGGCCGACGGGGAAGACCGUGCGCCACAACGGUCCCGCCAAGACCGCACUGCUACAACCAUAAAUAAGAGCAACCUUUCCAGAGAGGAACAAUCCCUCCUCCGCACGCUCCUGCGCAAAGCCAGAGAGAAGAAGACAGACAACGCCAACGUGUUCACAGUGUCCGUGUCGGAUGACGCCGAGAACGCUCCCUACCACAUGGACGACGACCUCAGCGAACAGGAGCUAAAUGACGACUACUCAAACGCACAAGCGGUGGACAUCCGCUACGACCAGAGGGAUGUUAUGGUAAUACAGGUUAACUCCAUCACAAACCCACGAGAGGACGGCUCCUCGACAACCAACUGCGAACCACCGUUCUGCCAAUUCAUUGGCGAUCUACAACAAAGAGGUACCUACGGGAAACUCUACUUGCCCGUAACGCUCGAAGACCAAUGGGAACACGAGGCGCUCGUGGACACAGCUGCCGAUAUCAGCCUGAUUGGCGAAGACCUCUUCGGUAAGUUACAGUCCCUGGCCAGUAAAUCCCACAGAGACCUAAAAACGCAGCCGUGCGACUUAGAAAUACAACCCUAUUCCCAGGAAGACACAACCAUACGUAAAAUGGCUCUAAUGCGACUGACCGUGGGCCCCAUGACGCUGGUCCACCCGGUCUACAUCUCCCCAUUCAACGCGCAUCCGCUCCUAUUGGGCCAGGACCUUCUAAAUUGGUUUAAGCCCCUAAUAGACUACCAACGUCUGAAGAUCUGGACACAGGUCCGGGAGCCUAAAACCACCGCUACUUCACAGACGCGCCGCCCGCAAACGGCCACAGCCCGCCGCGGCACAAACCGAAACCGGUCAAGGGACGCCCACAACCUGCGCGAACGCCGCGCCCACGCGCACGGCCCCCGACCUCGACAGAGUGACGAGAACGUGAAACUCCCCCGGCUCCUGAGGACAAACCAAUACAGGACCGACCCGCAGGACCACCUGGAACAGACGUUCGCAUUUACACAAAAGAAACUGGGAGACAGCGCCGAAGGACGCAAAGCCUACUACGAUCAAAAGGCGUCUCGCAACGAGCUCCAGGUCAAAAACCAGGAGGUCCAGGGAGGCGCACAAGGAUGA